UAAUGGCUCCAGUCCUUUCAAAGCAAAAAAAAUCGCACUUUUCAUAUUCCUGUCCGUUGGCUCAAUAAUAAAGAAUAAUUAGAAAACGAAAAAUUACUACACAUGAACAUUAUGUAUUACUUGGAACCAGCAUACUUCAGAAAUUAACUACGAAUGGAUUCCAAAUCUUUCAACAUAUUUUUAAAUCUUCUUAAUUCUUAGGUACAAUCAAAAAUGGAGUACACUUCAUAAUUCAAAAGUACGAUACUAUUAUAGAGUCAGUAGCUAGUGUAUUAGCGCAGAACAAAGAUUAACCACAUGGUUGUAACAUAACGAUUUCUCUCUACAUCAAAGUCUUAUCAAGAUUUGAGAUUUAGUUCUUUAUUACCUGAACCCAUUCCUUAUAACUUAUCUUUAUUCAUACUAAGGAGGUUUUUCUUAUUCUUUGCAUCUAAAGGUUAUAAUGAUAAUCGAAAAAAAUCAAAACAAAAAAAGAAGAACAAAUUAUCGCCUUAACCUAUAAAUGGUUUAAAUAAAAAUGGCAUAAACCGUUUAUUAUUGUUAGUAUUUGGGUCAAUUGUUUUCUUAUAAUUUCAAAAAUAUGAAUCAUGUUUAGUUAUAAAUUACGCGUUUUGAGCUGUUUAAAGAAAAAAAAUUUCAGUUUCAUAUAUUAUAAAUUUACGAGAAAUUACAAUGAUAUAGCAGUUGAUCAAAUUCCGGAAGUGUCAAAAACUGUAGUAAAGAAAGCUUUCAAACAAAACAAUUUAAGUUUUGAAGAAGGUUUCACAUGUUUUCUUACAACCUGUUCAUUUUGUUCUAAAACCAGUAAAAAUGCAAAACUAUACAUCAAUAAAACUACAGGACUCUUUAUGUGUAGUGGUUGUAAAAAGACAGGUUCUUGGACUGUACUGGAAACGUAUUUUAAUAUAAAGAAAAGUAAGAAAGUAAAACUGAGAAGUGAAGCUACAGAUGAGGAAUCAAAUUAUGAUAAAAUAGAAAAAACUUUAAAAGAAAUUCAAAAUUCAACCGUCGAGUUGAAAUAUUUAAAUCAAAAUGAUUUGCAAAGUAUCUUGAAAAAAUUUAAGUUACCUGAAAUUAUUUCUAAUCAUACUUUCGAAUCACUUGAUAUAAGGAUAAAUGAAAAGCAAACAUCUUUGUUUUUUCCACUUGAAAAUGUAGAAUCUGAAAUAGUUGGCUACAGAAAAAUUCAUAGUAGGUCUACUGAAGAUAUCGUGUUACCAAAUUUAUUGUGUGGAGGAAUUUUAACAGCCAGAAAUACAAAGAGUAAAGAUACUGCUGUUUUAAUUCCCAGUAUAUCUGACUUCCUAGUCCUAGCAAAUUCCAAAUUAAAUGUGAAUAUUGUUUGUUUGCCCAAUAGUGUAAAUAAUUUACCAUUGUAUGUAUUACCAAGCUUAGAGAGGUUCAAGAAACUUGUUUUGUGGUUUGGAUGUGAUAAUAAAUCUUGGACAGCAGCAAGAAAUUUUGCAAAGAAGUUAGGAGAAAAAAGAUGUCAUCUUGUUAGACCUACAGAUAAACAACUAUUACCUCAUUUAGAUAUAUCUCAAGAUUUCAAAUCAAUAAUUUCAGCAGCCCAACCAGUGUGGCACAAAUCGGUCACAACUUUUUCUAGUUUAAGGGCAGAUGUAUUAUCGGAUUUACAAAAUGUUGAUAAGGUCCAAGGAGUAAAAUGGAAACGAUAUCCAACAUUGAAUAAAAUUUUAAAAGGGCACAGAACUGGAGAAUUAACAAUUUUUACUGGACCUACUGGCUGUGGUAAAACUACUUUCAUAAGUGAUUAUUCCUUAGAUCUUUCAAUUCAAGGGGUGAAUACGUUAUGGGGGAGUUUUGAAAUAAGAAAUGCUAGAUUAGCAAAAACUAUGCUGCAACAAUUAGCAGGUAUUCCUCUCGAUGAGAAUUUGCAUUUAUUUGACCAUUGGGCGGAUCAACUAGAAAAGUUACCAAUAUAUUUUAUGACUUUUCACGGACAGCAAAGUAUUAAAGUUGUUAUGGAGGCUAUUGAACACGCAACUUACGUCCACGACAUAGCACACGUUAUAAUUGACAAUUUGCAAUUUAUGAUGGGCACAGGAGAAGAACAGAAACAUAUGGAUCGAUUUUGGAAGCAAGACGUUAUUAUAGCUUGUUUUCGAGAAUUUGCUACUAGAAAAAACUGCCACGUAACAUUGGUAAUUCAUCCGAGAAAAGAACGAGAUGCCGAAGAUUUGACGUCGAAUUCUAUUUUUGGAGGCGCUAAAGCAUCUCAAGAAGCCGAUAAUAUCCUUAUUAUUCAAGAUAAAAGAUUGAGCGCCGUUAGAGGAAAAAAGUAUUUACAGGUUGUGAAAAAUAGGUACAGUGGAGACUUGGGUAUAAUGCCUUUGGAUUUCGAUAAGGCAAGUUUGAGCUUUCAACAGAAAAGAAAAGAAAAAAAAACCGAAAUAAUGGAUCCAUUACCUCAUAAAGAUAAUAUUGUCCCACCACCGAUAUAAAAAAUUUAUAUUUUGUACAAUUACAUUAAGUAUAACUGAAUAUUUCACAUUUUUUAAAAAAAUUUUUAUGAUAAUUAUACAUAUUUGAUACAAAAAAGUUUUAUUCCAUUUUACUUGGCGUUAUGUUGAAAAAUGUUGCAUCAUCCUCUUGUGCUCUUCAAUAACUCUGUUAUUGAAUUGUCGAAGCAUUUUUGGAACCCUUACAUACGAUUCUGCACACAUAGCUGUUAUCCUGUAACCUCCAGAUCGUCUCUUAAAAAUUUAUAAUAACAAAUAAUGCAGUUGUACCAAAAAUGUAUGUCUUACCAAAAUCUCACAAACCAACUCUAAGCAUGAGGCCAGUAGUGAAUUGUAUUGAUUCUCCUUCAUAUAAAAUAGCAGUUUUCAUUAACAAGUUAUUGUCGCCAAUAACACGUCGUUUAUACAUAAUGUAAAAAACUUAUUAGUUUGUAAAGUCAACAAAAGAUAUAAUACUGGAUAAUGGUUAUAUUGUGAUAUCUUUAGACAUAGUAUCACUUUUAACUAAUAUAUCUAGAAUUUUAGUAAAAACAUCAUUAAAAAACACUGUUGAUACCUAUCGGCAUGCACUGAUAUACAGUAUAAUUUGAUUAUAGAAUUAAUUGAUUACUUAAUUGGAUCCAGUUACUUUUCUCAGACUCUACAAACAACUGGAAGGUACACCCAUGAGAAAUCCUGCUAGCCCAUUUUUGGCAAAUUUGGUCAUGAAUCAUCUGGUUAUUGAAAGUUUGAAGAAACUACCCUUUUCAGUUAAUUUCGUUAAAAUUUAUAUUGAUGAUUCCAUUUUAGCCAUUCCAACGCAACAAAUUGAGAUAGUAAUACGUACAUUUAACUCCUAUCAUCGCAAACUCAAGUUUACCUUGGGGAAGAAUUAGAGAAGAAACUUUGAAACUGUUUCAAAACGCACUCGUCAAAUAGUUGUGAAGUGGCAUUCUAUCCAAUAAACAAAAUUGAAAACUCAUUCACCCAUAUCAAAGAUAAAACACCUAAACUCCAGUACUCCAAUGUGAUUUAUAAAAUAAAUUGUUUAGACUGCAAUAAGGGUAAAAUUGGUAUGACUAAAUAGUACUUGAAAACCAGAAUAUACCAGCAUGAAUAUGAUUGUCGAGAACAUAAUAAGAACAAAAAAGCUCUGGCCCAACAUCAUUUCACCGUUGAUCUCAACUUUGAUUUUGAUGAUGUGAAAAUUCUGGAUAAGGAACAUAAAUAUGCAAAAAGAACUAUCAGUGGAAUUCAAUAUAAUAUAACCAUCUUUUGAAUGUUUAUGAGUCAACACACUCUGACCGAACUAUGGUAAUAAUUAGAAUAAUUCCAACAGUUUUUACCGUUCAUACUUUUGUUAGUAUUGGAAAAGUUUGGAAGUAUUCAUUUACUGAUAAAUAUAUCUUAACAGGAGAAUUAUCUCUUCGUACAGAAUAUGUAUAUAUUGUAAUGUUUUUUAAUUUAUUUAUUUGAUUUCUGUUCGUGGGGUUAAUUAAUAGACAUUGUCUCUUGCGUUCUUAAUUUAUUUAAACACUUAUCACUAAAUAUCUAGAAAACUAAAUAAAUAAAUAGACCUUCCUAGAAAUUAUUUAAAAGAAACUAUGUAAAUAAACCACUAUCAAAGUUUUAUAAAAACAAAGAUCAAAUGAAUUCCGGGUAUUUCAUCAAAGGAGGCGCAUUCGCCUGAUUUUAGAAUUUCAAUACAACUAGACAGAACCCCGACUUUAGGGCAGAGACACGUACAUAAUAAUAUGUAUUUUUUGAUUGACGUCUAAUAAUUGAAAAGGGUAUGUUGUUUGCAUAGGUUUUUACUUAUAUGUGUAUGUAUUGGUUUCAUUAAUGCCUUUUUCAUUUCAAGUGUAUCCUAUUCAUUUAUAUGUACAUGUAUAGAUACUUAUAUUACAUUAUCUGAUUAUUGUUUUUAUUCUGUCAAAUAAAAGAUCGAAACUUUUGUAUUUUAAAAAACUCUUGGAAAGUUUUAUUUUGAGUUCUCAACCCGCAACACGAUUACAAAUUACAAAAUUUAAUGAUAAUUCUUAUUUGUAAUGAGGUUUUCAGCAAUAGAUAGAGUGAUUCAGGAUGAAGAUAUCGGUCUAGCUUUUUUGUAAAUUGAUAAAAAUGAAACUAUAAUUGAUAGAAGUGUCGGAAAAAAAUUAUUUCAUCUGGAAGUUCAUUAACAAAAACGCUGUCUUAUCAUAUUAUAGAUAAAAAGAAACAAUGCUUGGUCUGAUACAUCUACGUAUUCCAUCUUCUACGAUAAUGU